AUGCUGCUCCACCAGCAGAAUAUGCUGCAGGACCACGUGCGCACGGGCACUUACGAGCGAGCGAUGCUCUCGAACCCGUCCGAUUUCCGCGACAAAGUGGUACUCGACGUCGGUACGGGAUCCGGUAUCUUGGCGUUCUUUGCCAUCAAGGCCGGUGCCCGUAAAGUAUACGCCGUGGAGCUGAGCAACAUGGCCGACUGCGCGCGUGAACUUGUGGCUGCCAACGGUCUGAGCGAUCGCAUUAUAGUCCUCAAAGGCAAGAUGGAGGAAGUCGAGUUGCCGGAAAAAGUAGACGUGGUUGUGUCCGAACCCAUGGGCUUCUUCCUCGUGCACGAACGUAUGCUGGAGACGUUCGUAGCUGCUGGAAAAACGUGGCGGCGACAUGCACCAGGUUUCAAAAUGUUCCCGUCCAUUGGCACCAUGUUCAUGUCGCCGUUCUCGGACGAGAGCAUCUACCGAGAGCAGAUGUCCAAAGUGGCGUUCUGGCAACAGCAGGACUUUUACGGCGUGGACCUGUCGACUCUUCGUGCUCGAGCAAUGGACAACCAUUUCUCGCAACCGGUGGUCGGGUACUUUCCACCUGACAUCCUACUGAGCUCGAAGACCGCCAAACAUGUGCUGGAUUUUGCAAAAGUGACUCAAGAGGAGCUUCACACGUUCGACUUCCCGUUUCACUUCGUUAUCGAGCGCACAGCCAUCGUGCACGGUCUCGGCUGCUGGUUCACUGUCGAUUUUGCGGGAUCGGAUGCACGCGUUGUACUCAGCACCGCGCCACAUGACGCAGGUACACAUUGGUACCAGUGCCGGCUGCUACUACCAACACCUAUUGCUGUAAACACUUCGCAAAGCAUCUCGGGCAAUCUCCACUUCGUGGCGAACAAAAAGUUUAGUUACGACAUGGACCUCGAAGUUCAUCUCGACGGGACGUCGAUUGUGUCGAAAAACCACAUUCACUUGCACGAACAGAUGUACCAUUACCUGUACUCGCCCGGGGCUGCCUCCGCUGGAGCAAAUGCUGCUAGCGGCGCGCGACAGCACAGCGCCUCAUACUGA